UUAAUACAGUCACAAAAAUGUUGCUGAAAAUAAUUUGCUUAGUUUUAAUAAUAAAUUCAUAUGAAUUAGUUUGUGAAUCUAUUCAUAUCUCCGAGUUUAAUGAGACUAAAGCGUUUCUUUCAAUUAGUUCUCAGUUAAACGAAUUAAGAGAUGAGUUAGAACGACAGGGAAAGUUGUCCAAUGAUAUAAUGAAUUCAGUACAUCUACACCAUGUGAAAUCAUAUGGGCAGAAUUGUGCCGAGGCAACUGCCAAUGCUAAACCUAGUGGUAUCUACGAGAUACUUAUUCCCAGCUACAGUAAACACCAUUUUAAAGUGACUUGCGAUGCACACACUCAGGGAGGAGGCUGGACUGUGAUUUUGAGUCGAGUGGAUGGCAGUGUAGACUUUAAUCGAAAUUGGAAUGUCUACAAAAAGGGAUUCGGAGAUCUGGAUGGCGAGUUCUUCUUGGGUUUGGAUAAAAUACACGCUCUGACGGCGGAGAGAAGUCAGGAGUUACUUGUGCUUCUCGAGGAUUUCGAGGGAGUUGAGAAAUGGGAGACAUAUGAGAAAUUUGCAAUUGGAAACGAGGAUGAACUAUAUGCUCUUCACACUCUGGGCAGAUCCAAUGGAACUGCAGGUGAUUCACUCAAGAGGCAGCAUACCACGAAAUUUUCAACCCAUGAUCGUGAUAACGAUCGUUGGACGAAAAACUGCGCCGAGGCCUACAAUGGAGGAUGGUGGUACGAAAGUUGCCAUGACAGCAAAUUGACCGGCAUAUAUAAAGACAAAACCCAUGGUAAAGGAAUAAAUUGGAAGGAGUUUCGGGGUUGGGAGUAUUCCCUAAAAAAGGCCGUAAUGAUGAUACGGCCAAGAAAGUAAUUACUAAACUUCUAAAUGAAGCGUACUUUUAAUUCUUGUAGCAUGCUUUAAUAUUUAAAUAUAUCUUAAAUCUUAUAUAUAUUUGCAUAUUCAUGAUUCAGUUCCUUUGUAAUGAUUAAUAACAAUCUAAUCACAAUCUAAAGCUAUAAGGAGCAAGAAUUAAUUGCUAUGUGAACCAAAUUUAAUUGAUGUACUCAUCAGAGUGCCAUUAGAGGGAAUAAAUGUGUCAAAAGUA